AUGUCUAUAGCUGGGGAAAGAUUCUCAACACUAGAAAAAACAAUCGAUGAAUAUAUUAUUGAUCAAGAAAACAAAAACACUCGUGCUAAAACAAAAAGAGACGUAAAUUUGCUUGUUGAGUUUUUGAGACAGAAAGACGAACUGCGAAAUCCCGAAGAACUGCAAGUCGAAGAACUAAAUGACUAUCUCUCUGAGUUCAUUUUGAGUGUCAAAAAAAAAGACGGUGAAGAAUACGAACCGUCGAGCCUUCGUGGCUUCCUAUCGAGUUUUCAUCGCUAUUUGAAAGAGCAUAAAUAUACUGCGAAUAUUGUCGAAGAUCUUGCAUUUGAGAAGACACGAAAAUGUCUUCAAGCUAGAAGUAAACAACUCAAGAAAAAAGGCAAAGGCAACAAGCCAAAUGCAGCUGAAGCCUUGACGGAUGACCAGAUAAACAUUCUUUAUGAAAAGAAUCUUCUUGGACUGUCAAAUAACGAAGCGCUUCUAAAUACACUUUGGUUAUUCAACUCGCUGCAUUUUGGUCUUCGAGGUUGCGACGAGCACCGACAAAUGUGUUGGGGAGACGUUAAGCUUAUCACAGCAGCCGAUGGAACUGAGUAUUUGGAAUACUCGGAGCGCCAGACAAAGACAAGAACUGGUGCAGAACCUCGUAACAUAAGAGCUGUCAAACCAAAAGCAUUCGCAGUUCCGAACGGUUCGCGUGACAGAGAUCCAGUGGAAAUUUACAAAACGUAUUGCCAUAAAAGACCAGACGCUAUGAAUAAACCCGAAGCGCCUUUCUACCUUGGAAUUAAUCAUAUUAAAAAUCCUUCAUCCGGUAAAAGCUGGUUCAAAACAAAUGCUAUGGGGUUAACAAACUCAAUAGUUUGA